UGAUCCGGGGUCCAGAUCGACUCACUCGAUUGAUUCCUUGUGCGUGAGUCCCUCUCUGUCUGAUCGAGACUAUUCUUUUCUUCUGAAUCAAUCCAGGAAUCAGGGUCUCGGGAACGCGCGCCCGUGAAUCCGGAGCGGCCAGCCGAUAAACAGGACAUCCGGCCGGCAUACUGAUCAGGCACCGUGAGAUGUUCUAGUAGUGAUUAGUGACCCGGAUCGAGUGACACCUUCGAUCGAUUGCACUCUGGAGGAGAUGAACAAGGUGGCCGGUUUCUUGCGGGCGCGGCGGGACACGACGUUGAUGACGACGAGCCUCUCCGACUCCUGCUGCGGCAACCUAUACGACUACCUUUUGUGCAAGUUCUUGUGCCAUGUGACGAUCGUCGAUGUCGACGAUUGUGAUGGCCAGUUCACCAACGCGACCUCAGAGCGGCGUUUUCAGGGCGUGCCCGAGCAGAUAGUGAUCGUGACGAUGGCUGGUGAUCAUCCGCCAUAUUCGACUUCGGACGAUGAUCCCUACGCCAACACAACCUCGAAGCGCAUCGCAAUGACGCCGAUCGAUGGUGGUGGUGCAGCACCAGCACGCUCUCCAGAUACUCCCCAUGUUCCCACUACCUUGUUGGAGACCAUGCUACUGGAUGAGAGCUCGAGGCCACGCGAUAUACUAAUACCACUGCAAGAGUUAAAGGACAUCACGGAUAACUUCUCCGUCGAUCGGAUACUUGGCCAUGGUGGUUUCAGCGUGGUAUAUAAGGGAGUGCUACGCAAUGGGGAAUUGAUCGCCGUGAAGAGGAUCGUGUCGUCACUCGUCCCAGGCCUGCAGAAGCAGUUCGAGAGCGAGGUGUACCAUCUUAUGCUGCUCAAGCAUCCAAAUAUAGUGCGGUGCAUAGGCUACUGCUAUGAAACGCGUAAUGCGUGUUUGGAGCACAGCGGGAAAUACGUUUUCGCAGAGAAAGCAGAGAGGUUACUUUGCUUGGAGUAUAUGCCCAAGGGAAGUCUCAGAGACUAUCUCUCAGACAAAUCUUCUGGACAUGAUUGGAGCACACGCUACAAUAUAAUCGAGGGAAUUUGUUUUGGUUUAUGUUAUCUUCACAUGCAAAUGGAUAAGCCUAUUCUUCACCUAGAUCUAAAACCUGCCAACAUAUUGCUCGAUGCCGACAUGCUCCCCAAAAUUUCAGAUUUUGGUCUAUCACGAUUACUUGAUAAAAAAGAAACUAUCUGCACUACAUCUCGCGAUGGAACAUUUGGUUACAUGUCACAAGAAUUCUUGAAUGGAGGUAAAAUUUCACCGAAAUCAGACAUAUUCAGUUUGGGUGUGAUAAUCUUGGAGGUAGUAACGGGACACAGGGACUACCCUGACGUUACUAGAACUCCUUCAGAGGACUUUAUCGAGCUUACUAUUAGAAAAUGGAGAAAUGUGUUACAGAGAACUCCGGGGUGCUGGUCCCUAAUAAUAGAUUGUGAGCAAAUAAAGAGAUGCCUACAUGUAGGCUUAAUCUGUGUGAAUCCUGACCGCACUAAGAGGCCUUCGAUAGCGAAGGUUAUCAGUAUGCUGCGAGGAUCGGAAAGUAUUGACUAUGACAUUUUGCAAUGAGGCAGCGUAGACAACA